AUCACCACCACAAAUCAACAGCUAAAAGGCAAAAUGGACGACCAGUCAAAGCACCAUUCGGAAUCCCUCAGAGCUCCUGCCGACUUCUGGCACGCCCACGCGCAAAAGCUAUCCUGGGAAACGCAGUACUCGACACCUCUGCGCGUCGACGGGAAAAGGAAGUGGUGGUGGUUUCCCGAUGGGAGGAUUUCUACUACGUAUAAUCUCGUGACGAGACAUGUGCUCUCGGGGCGGGGGGAGGAGAGAGCUGUGAUUUGGGAUUCCCCCGUGACGGGUCGGAAGCGUGUUAUUACGUAUACGGAGCUGCAGGAGGAGCUGGAGGUGUUUGCGGAGGUGCUGAGGGGGAGGGGAAUUAAGGAGGGGGAUACGGUUCUUGUUUAUAGUCUGUUCCCCCCCCACCCCCUUCUGUAGAGGUUUCGUUUGCUGAUGCUCGGUAGUGCCGAUGAUACCCUCGUGCGUGAUUGCGCUACUGGCGAUAGCGCACUUAGGAGCUAUACAUACGGUUGUUUUCGGGGGGUUCUCACCGGCCGAGUGUGCAAAGAGGAUUUCGUCUGCUAGGCCAAAGCUGGUGCUUACGGCUAGUUGUGGGAUUGAGGGGAGCAGGGUUAUUCCUUACUUGCCGUUGGUAUGAUGAUAUUAUAUUUCCCCCUGCCCUCCGGGAGAGGCUGAAGGAUUAUAGGUCCGCGAAGCAAUCUCCAAAAGCGACUGGAAGCCACAAAACACACUGGUCCUACAACGUGAUAAACUCUACGUCUUUCUGGAUAAGUCACUACGGGAACUAAACUGGAACAGCCUUGUCCGGUCGCUGAGAACCCGACGUAACCGAUCCCCGCCCAACUCCACCACCGCCAACGCUGCCUCAUGCGGCUCGGUCGCCCGUGUCCCCGUACCCAACAGCGCCAAAACCGUGGAAAUUGGAGCUGCCUUCCGCUCCUGCGCACCACAAUACAUAAUCUACACAUCAGGAACAACCGGCCAACCAAAGGGCAUAACCCGGAGCAUCGGAGGGCAUCUGGUCGGGCUGCAGUACACUAUUGAACAUUUCUUCGGCAUCCGUGCUGGCGACACGAUAUUCACCGCUAGCGACCUGGGCUGGGUCGUCGGACAUAGUUACAUCCUCUACGCGCCGCUGCUGGUCGGCGCCGCGACGGUCCUGUUUGAGGGAAAGCCCGUGGGGACUCCGGAUGUGAGCACCUUCUGGCGGAUAAUCUCCGAAUGGAAAGUCAACAUCCUGAGCACUGCGCCCACAGCCCUCCGCGCGAUAAAGCGUGAGGAUCCGGCACUGCUUGUGGUCAAGAAAUUCGACAUUUCCUCCCUCCGCGCGAUUUUUCUGGCCGGGGAGCGGAGCGAGCCGUCCAUAGUAAUGGACUACCAGAACGCAAUCUUCGGCCCAUCAACUUCGCCUUCCUGCAAGGGGCUGGUAGUGGAUAACUGGUGGUCCAGCGAAUCCGGCUCUCCAAUUACCGGUAUCUCCUUGGGUUUUAAUGCCCCCCCGACACCCGUCAAGCCCGGCAGCGCUGGAAACCUCAUGCCGGGCUGGGACCUAAAAGUCGUAAAUGACGCCGGCAUACCGCUCCCCGCCGGCCGUAGCGGGAACAUCGUCCUAGCAACACCGCUUGCGCCAACGGGCCUGACGGAACUGUGGUCCGACACGGGAGCUGCACGUUUCCACAGCGCGUACUUCGCAAGAUUCGCAGGAAAAGGUGAAUGGUUUGACACCGGCGACGCCGGAUUCAUGGAUCAGGAUGGGUACGUGCACGUCAUGUCGCGCACCGACGACGUUAUAAAUGUCGCCGCGCACCGCUUUUCGACUGGUGCUAUAGAGGAGGCGAUACUUGCGCAUGUGGCGAUUGCCGAGGCGUAUGUUGUUGGCGCGCCGGAUGUGCUUAAAGGACACGUUCCGUUUGCAGUUGUUGUUCUUAAGCCCUCCUCUGCCCUUCGCCCUUCGGAGGAGAGGUUGCUGAAGGAGAUUAACGGCUACGUGCGUACCGAGAUUGGACCCAUUGCAGUGCUCGGCGGCGUCGUGGUCGUAGAUAAGGUCCCCCGCACACGCAGUGGAAAGACACUCAGGAGGGUGGUUAGGGUGGUUGUGGAGAAUGCUGUUAGGGGUGAGUUUGGCAAGGAAGUGGAGGUUCCAGCUACUGUUGAAGAUGAGAGUGUGAUUGCGGGCUUGAGGGAGAGAGUUGAGGGGUGGUUUUUGGAGAGGGGGGUUAAAGCGAGGCUGUAGAUGGAGGGGAAUGCAGGCGAUACAUGGGAAGAUUGCAUUGCUAUAGACUUUUUCUAGAAGUGUUGGCUGUUUAGUCCUUAGACGGAAUGUUCUACAUAUCGAAUCGGAAUUGGGGUACCAGAUAGAUAACUAUGACGGAAGUGUAUGACCGCACUGAUUUCUCUCCGGUUUCGGUAAACAAUA